AUGCGGUUGAAUGGCUCGACUAAUCUGAAAGAAGCAGACAAAUGUUAUGCACUUUUUUAUCGCGAAAUGACGCCUUUUGCCUUUGCUGUUUUGAUAUUUAUUGCACAAUGCUGUGGUAGGUUGAGAAUUUUAUUUCUAAGCUCAAAACUUUGUUCGUACGUAGGCGUGCUGAACUCGACUCAAUUCUGCUUCCAGAUUUGUACGCUAGGAAAGAGAUCUUCUUGUUGUUCCUUUGCUGGUCUCCCAUUCUGGUGUACCUAUGUGUGAAAACUAGACAUUUGAGGGAAAUCGAUGUUGCUUCAUACCGAAUUUUCGUGGCAAGAUCUUUUGCCGGGACUGUUACCAUAAAAUCGAGUUUUCAUUCUUAAGCGUCUUUAUUUAAGUUUACUACCGAAUGCGCCGUGUGCCACCUAACAAAAGCGGCCUCGACUUCCCAAUCUUUUAGAGACAUUUUCUUAGCAUUUCCUGUCAGAAAUUUGUUUUUCUGAGUUAGACAGCCGUAAUUAUGGAAUUGUUCAAUGCAUAUACUUACCCGAGUGGGAAUAUAAUACGUUUAACGCCGCGUCCGCAGCGAAAAGGAAAUGUUAAUUAAAUGAUGGAAACUUAUGACUGAAGCUCUGAUUCUCUUAUUAGAAUGCUAAAGUGAAGUGCGCGUGGAAAUUGGCUCGUAAUCCUGAUGUUUUGUUGUCAUUUAUCUCUUCACAUUAUAGGCCUUGCUGAUAAGGUAUUUGUCUUCUUUUCUUUAGCUUGCAGCCGAGCCCUUGGAAUGGAGAAAGGUUUGAUCAAUGACAGUCAGAUAACAGCGUCUUCGGAAGAGUCACCUGAACACUCUAGUCCCUCAUUUGCCAGAUUACACCAGCGAAAUGGGUGAGUACGCACCUCUGUAUAUCAUUUUGGAAUUUGUUGGUCGUCACAGAUCGAAUGAUGUAGUGGGUGACUGUGUGGCGUACUUCUUUGAGAACAACGUUGUAAAAAUAAUUAAUGUAGUGCCUUAUGGGUUAUUGUUGAGAGAUAUACGUAUUAGAAAUUGUUUCCCCAAUGCGUUCAGUUCCAUUUGAUUAUUUUUGUUCCACUGGAGAAGAUAAAGAUCAGUAUAGCGAGUUAGUACUUAGUGCUCAUUAAUUCUUAAUCCGCAGGGGAGUAGCGGUAAUCUAACUUAUACUAUGUUGUUCAAUACGUUAUGCUAGUCACAAGUGGAGUUUUGGAACUCGUUCUUUGAAUAUUUACUUAAUCCUUGGCCAAACAAAUUAUAGGGUUGCGGUUUUCGCUGGUUUUACUUUUGGUUUGAAGUAAAGUCGUCCAAGUCAGGUAGCAAACCUCAACGAAAAAAAUAAAUAAGAGAAACAAAAUUAGACCCAGUCAAAUCUGUAGACUGAUUUGAAAAGUUAAUCUGAAAAUUCCUUAAUUAUUCGAAAAGUUUAUCAUUAUAUUAUCUUCACUUUACUUAUCUAACUUUAGCUUGGGAGGCUGGUGUCCGGACAGGAACGACAAGAAUCCGUUUCUUCAAAUAGACCUCCUGACUCCUCACACGAUUACUAAAAUAGCCACACAAGGAGCUGAUUCAAACUUUAUUGAAAGAUACAGAUUGUCUUUUAGCUAUGACAACACUAUCUGGUAUAAUUACACGGUCAAAGGCGAAAUUGUGGUAAGUUCCGAUUUUUCUUGCUUCACUAUUUAAUCCAGAACUCAUGCGAUACUGAACUUAACUUGACUUUCUUAAUUCAUCAGCCAUAGCCCACGACACUUCCUGAUCUUAUACUUCAGUACGUGUUUUUCAGUGGCAAUGUUGUAGCCAUUGGAAUAAAGAGGAGUGUGACGUCACGUUUCCAUAAUAGAAAAUUUCUGGAUCUUAACAAUCUUUCUUGACAGAGACGGCCAUUUGCAUUGUCGAACAUUGGCUACCGUUUUGUUCCUGAGUGCAAUCCUGCACAGGAAAGUCAUACAUGUCAUUAUUUUCGUUUUUUUUUCUGCCAUAUUGGUAGGACCAAGGUUUGUUGAAAUCCAGGAAUUUUGGUAUCAUGGCAACGUGACGUAACGACUUCUCCUCUCUAUAGCGCUGGGAAAACAAGUUAACUGUAGUAGUUAUCAUUUGGCCUAUUAAGUGUUCUAGUGGCGGAUCAAUAGGGGAAUGCAUUGGAUGAAUCGUGUAACUGUUAUAUGUUUGCUUUGUCGGUUGCUGGUGAAUAUAUGUACUUUCACACGAGAAAAAAAAAAAUAACAAUAAUGGUUUAUUAUUAACAGUGGCUCCACCUAGUGGCUCUUUACCUGUUAAAAAGCUACAAUAUAAAAAAAUGAAAACUAUAAUAUACUACAAAAAAAAGAAAUUGAAUUGAAAUCUACAAUCAUGUAUAAAAAGCAAAAAUAUCGGACUAUUUAACAAUUAUUCCACGAGGGCGCGUUGGAUAUGAGAUGAUAGAUAGCCAACGAGGCGCAUAGCGCCGAGUUGGCUAUAAUCAUUUCAUAUCCAACAAGCCCGAGUGGAAUAAUUGUUUUAUUAAAAACGCCCACAAAAUCGCGUUGAAUCGCCCCGACUAGAACAAACCGGAAAAGACAAGGGACUUCCGCUAUUCACAUGUCACACGUCUAUCAAAACUGUCAACGCGCGAACAGACUCGCCUAGACUGCAUGAAUGAAAAAUCAAAACAUUGUAGCGAUGAACAUUAGUUUUUUUAAAACUCAUCGUGAUUCUAGAAUUUUACACAGCAGAACAGCUUAAAAAACCUGGCAGAUAAGGUGAAGGAAAGGAAUUUUUAAGUGACAGCCGUCGAAAUUACUAUGAAUUUGGAUUUUCGGUGCAGUUGUAAAAGUAAGAACAACGGAGAAAAACUACCGGUAUUACCUCGGUCGCUUGUUAUGAAGUUGUUUGAAGCCACAAGCUGGUUUUGCUGAACGAGAAAAGAAGUUAUACUGCCGCCUCGAUUGCUCUAGUGAAUGGCUGCAUAGCCUGUAUUUGUAGCUGGUUACUUGUGAUUUAUAUUCUUGAUGUCGGAUAAACAAGCUGCAGUUAUCUAUCGGCGAGUGACUCGAUCGGCGAAUGGCUUCGCGAUCAUGAAGAAACAACACUUGUCUUCUUUCGUAGCUGGUCAAGGUACUUUAGUUCCAUGUGUUUUCAUGUGUUUUUCGACAAACUUUCAAACAAGCUCUUGUGGUUUUUUUGUUUGUUUUUGUCUUUUUUUUCUUUCGUUGAAAUUGCAUUUCUAGUAUUCUAAGAAGUGAAUUAAAACGAUUUGCUUCGGGCGCCGUUCUAUCCUUCGCGAAAAAAAAUCUCAGCUAGCUUCCAAUUUUAAACUGACGCGUACACCGACCAUAUAUGGAGAACAUGGUAUAUUAGCUCAUAUACCAUAACGGCUAAGCCAAUCAAAAUGCUAGAAUUGCAUUAUCCAAUGAUUCAGUUUUUAAUAAAAAAGGAUAUCGAAUAAAAAAUAAAAAUGUUAUACAACCUUAUAUGUAAUUUACAAACUAGAUAGGAUUGGAACCCGGCACCAUCGGUCUGUGACUUCAUGUCGCUGCUGUUUUAGUUUUGUGGAAUUUAUUGCAGUAAAAAAAAAGGAAUAUAUAAAACAAAAACGGAAACAAAAAAGACAGAAGGAAAAAAAGAAAAGGUUCAUCAGAGGAUUCGUACCCGGCAUCAUCUGCUCUGCGCUACUUCACCUUAUCAUUACACCACGAUGGAUAAUUGCGUAAUGCUUGCGAAAAGUCUUUAAUACACGCAUCACAAAUGUUUUUGUACAACCAUUUUCCUCUUAUUUUAAAGCUAUUGGUCCAAAUCGCUUCCAUUUUCUCUGCACAAUACUUCUCCCGUCGAUAUGCAUCGCCAAAAGCACUUUCUUAACCGCUUUUUAAAGUGCGGCCACAAUUUCAACCGGACCAAGACAGUGGGUGUCCUGUGCAAGUUUACGGACUUACCGACUUACGGACUUACUCACAGCGCCAUGACAUAGUGGCUAAGCUCCCUAAAGGGAGGCAGUAGCCACAACAAGAGACCUCGCGCUGCUUUAUCGCGCUCAUAUUCCAUCUCGUUUAGUUCGUCAAAUGUUAGCGAAUGAAAAUGAAUUUUAAAGACUGUAGUGCAGUGACGGCAAAUAAAUGUACAAAAAUACGUUAUGCACGAGCAAAGUAACCAAAGUUGUUGUUAAACCUUAUUGCUUUUUUGAGGCCGCAGCGAGAGUUUCCAAAUAUGGUACUCAGAAAAAUGGAUAUUCACGAGCAUUGAACGCGAGUUACAACUUGCUACUCCUUGUCAGUUUCUGAUGGCCAACGGCUACCCAUCCUAGUGGCUUAAAGGAAACAUAUACCCACUGCCCUUUAGUCCCUUCGUUUACCUUUUUUAGGUGCUGGUUCGAAAUAGUUUGGAACAACAACAGCAACAACAAUAACCACAAGAAAACAUGCAAGACAGAAUCCUUUACUCAGAGUUUGCUACUUCCCCCAUUUUAUUAAAUGUUAUUAAUUUUUAUUGCAGAUUUUUACUGGAAACAUAAGAAGAAACGUUAGAAGAGUGAAAAAUAAUAAUCUAACACAGCCGCUGACUGCGCGUGUUUUGCGCAUUCAUCCCAUGAAUAGCAAUAUUUAUGUCCCUUGUGCCAGAGUUGAAUUGUAUGGCUGUACACCUUCUGAAGGUAUGUAGUGUCUGCGUAAAAGUAAUAUUUUAGGCAACGUUUCAUGUGCAGUGGAUAUCAUUAGGUUGUCUCCUGAGAUAAUGAAUGUAAACAGUCCUAGCCUCUUUCACUAGUAACGGUAGCAUUUUUGUAACAGUAGGAGGACUUUCUUCAAGUGUCUGUGUUUAAAAGCUUUUGCAAACUAAUUAGGAGCACGUAUAAAGCAAACCAUUAAUGAAAGAAAAAUAUAAUAAUAAUGUUAAAUAAUACUAAAACUUAAUAUGAAAUUACGGAAUUACCGAAUUUAGAACAGUUAGUAGUAUUAGUGAUGGUAGACGGCUGUAUUUAAAAACGACCAGUGAUUAAAGUAAUUUUAAAACAUGCUUGACAAGUCGUGUACUUAGCUAGCCUUUGAACUAAAAAAGACUUUGUUCUACCUUUACCUUCCUCUCUCGAAGCGCGUAGAGCUUUCGAGGCUUGGCUGAGUUGUCGUUUUUUUUAAUAUUUUGCUAAAAACAGACUGUAAGACGCCAGUGGGUGUGGAAGAUGGUAGGAUCACCGACCAGCAGAUGACAGCGUCAUCUCAACGGGAUGGUCAUAAUGCCUCAAAUGCUCGGCUGAACAACGAGCUCCUCAGGCGGAGCAGCUCAGGCAAAUAUAUUUUUGGUGGAUGGUGCUCUGACAAGAUGGACAUACAUCAGUACUUACAGGUAACGCCGAGACUAUUCUGUAAUCCGCUUUAUGCCUUAAAGGGGCUGUGUCAUGGCUGUCUACUUCAUUUUGUUAACAAGUAAGGAGCUUAAGCAACCACGACGGCGAAGGUAGCAAGAACGGCAAAAUAACAACUUUUCAUGGUUUCUGCAUGUGUAUCACGCUUUUUUGUACAGUUCUUUGCCGUCACUUCACGACUACCACGUUUUUUGGAGGACGUGAACAUAACCAUUUUCUUUUUCUAUUGUGAACUUAGAUAGAGUCCUUUAGAGUUCAACUCCUGAAAAAAUUGCCAAUAUUUGACAAAUUCAAGAGCGAUGAAGUUUGAAACAGCGCGAAUCAGUCUUUUUUUGGGUGACGUUUUAGCUGCUGUUGCCGUCGUCGUUGUUUAAGCUCCGUAUUGUUAGUUACGCAUCCUUAUUAGCUGUUUAACUUGAGAAAUUGCUUUUAAAUGGCAAAAUAACAGCUUCGUGGCGAACAAAUAUGCAUCUCAAGCAUAAUAUCAAGCUAAGGGUGUAACGAUUCAUAUUCCUUGCGAUUCAAUUCGAUUUCGAUUAUUGUCUUUCGAUUUCGAUUCGAUUAUGUAAAUGUUUCUUAAUUCUUAUCACAUGAUAACGUGUAAUGUUAACAACAUGCAACCCUAAACCCUCAAUUUGAGAAUACUAACAGGGACGGGAGGAUUCACAGUCGCUUGGUUCGUCGCUAUGUUUGAGAACCUGACAAAGAGCGUGUCGCACAUAGUUUGCCUUAUUUGGAAAUUCUCAAGGGGUGGUUGAAGCACUGCAUUUUUACCAGGCAACACAAAUGGCGCACGAAAUGCUAUCGUCUUUGCUCGUCAAUUAAAAACGCACAUUUUAAAGAGUUCUGGAUUCUGAUUUUACAUUAUAAUAACUCACUGAGGGCACCCUGGAAAAGGUAUGCAAAAAUCGAAGCAAAAUCGAAAUGUGGAAGCAAAGAAUCGUGAAUCGAACCGAACGGUCAUAAUCGCGACUAAUCGAGAAUUCGAUUAAUCGUUACACCACUAUAUCAAGCGACGUUACGAGACAACAAAAAUGAAUUUUGAAAACUGUGAUGCUUGCAAGGUUUCCAAAACGGCAAUUACAAUCCGUUUCAAUCCACUCUUCAAGUUUUUCCAUCCGUGCCUCCUUUUGUAUUUACUGUGUUACUUAUACUUUUUUUUUUAACGUUUUGAGGGGUUGUUUUUGGUUCAAUCAUUUUAGUGGCGGUUCCUAACGUUUGAAUUUUUCACGCUUCGUCCUACUGGACCAUUCACCAAAGCUCUGUGAGUGGUUACUCGGUUUGAAUGCCUUCAUAUACAUGUGGUCGUUAACUGUUACUAAUAAAGCCUUUUAAGCAUUUGACUUAAUUGUUGAUAUCUACUACCAGAAAACUAUGAUGAAAAAGCGGUAGUUUUCCCUCAUGUUAGUGUAAAUGCAAUGGAAGAUACGGCUACGUCAGUAGGAUAUUGGAAUUCAAGUCAUGCGAAGACACGUUUAUGCUUUUUUUUUUUGUUAAAAAAAAGUAAGGAAACAGCGUGCGUAACAUAGUUCCUUAAUUUAGGGUGAGAGGGCCGAUAUGGGAGACCUACAAUAGUCAAGGGAGUGGCCCUUAAUAGUUGCUGGGAGGGGAAGGAGGGGAGUAGGCAACCAGCAGUAUGACUGGAGGGCAGGACCUGAUCCCCCCUCUCUUUGUUCUCUUCGCCCAAGUGUUAUUUUGCUGACGGGAUAUUUUUGUCUGUUCGUCUUUGGCUCAGAUUGAUCUUGGUCGAGUGCGAUCCGUUUCUGGUGUGGCUACUCAAGGCUACACCAUGCAGAACUUUGUGAAAGCAUAUAAGCUUAACUACAGCACUGACGGAACAACGUGGCAGUCAUACAGAGAAAAGCCAAACAGCGGCAUCAAGGUACAACGAUACUUGGUUGCUUUUUAUUCGUAUAUGUUUGGGGACUGCUUUGGUGCUCUGGGACAUUAAGGAGAGUCGACCUAGUGAAGAGAGCAUAAGCUCCACUGGCAACGGCACAAGAGCCGAGAGCUACAAUCACCGAGCAAAACUAUUGACACAAAUUCGUUACCUUUUGGAUUGCAGAAUGCUCUUGACCUCUUCAUCCUCACCCUAAAAAAAGCUGCGUUGUUGAAUAACAUUGUUUAGGGGGUAGGGGAGGGGUAUUUACUAACGUGAUACUCUGUCUGAUUCGUAACAUGGACACUUUAUUUUCCUUCAGAUAUUUCAAGGAAACUGGGAUAACGACACGUUGAUAAAGAAAAUGUUCCCUCGCAGAAUUUUCGCGCGUUAUAUUCGUUUUAAUCCAAUCUCUUGGAACCCAGCCGGCGACAUAUGCAUGCGGGUCGAGAUUUAUGAGUGUCUCCCCACUCAAGGUAACUGACUGGACUUAGAUAUUUUGUCUACUUAGUAAUACAGUCAUAAGUGCCUUUUUAACAGCUUGACAAGGGAUGUGACCAGAGUAGUUUCUAAGUAUGCGUCAGGAAAGUUUCGUUGUUUGAAAAUUAUUAGUACUAAAAGGAAACUCACGGCUAUUAAUACAAACGGUAGGAAAAUCCUUUCUUCACACCCACCAAACACAGUAUUAUUGCAUUUUGCUGUUGGUGUGUUGUUUGUUUCUUUUAAUAAAAUUCAUGAUCUUGAGAUUUGAACAACGUUCCUUUUUCGAUUGCUUCAGGUAGCGACAAGUAUAAAUUACACUUGAAUUUAUUUCCUCGUAGGAAGCAUACCUCUUGUGAGUCCACCAAGCGAAACAGUGAAGCUAAACCGAACGAGCUCCGUGAACUUGACAUGUAUUGUGUCUGGCCAGCCCGGAUUCCGCAUGAAUUGGUACAAGAACAGAAAUGUGAUUCCCCCGCUGCCUCUGUCACAGAUUCACCGAACACCAUACGUGAAUGGUAGCCGCAAAAGUGUGUUAACUCUAAACCGUGUCAAGUACAAGGAUAGGCGAUCCAUUAUAUCCUGCACGGCCUGGUAUCCAACACUAUCCAUCAACUCUACGCGCAAUAUUCACCUUCUUGUUCAUGGUAAUACUUGUUAAUCGUCCUACUCACGGUGUAGUUUUCACGGGUGUAGACAGCUAAACUUCACAUCUUUGUGAUUGCGAAUGUUAUAUUAUACAUCUUCUACUAUAAUCGUUCAAUUCUUUGUUAUCUAUAUUAAUUGAAUCUACAUCGUGAGUAAAUAUCACGAUACCAGUAUAAGCAUUCUAUUUCAUCGUCCCUCACUACGUUUGUGUGAAAAAAAAAUUUCCCUAAAAUUGAAAGAAACACAGACAGUAAAGGCUGUGGCAGCAAAUACGCUGAGUUGGGUAGCUUGUUUUAGGUCAGUUAAACGUCGCAAAAGCUUGUCGUAAUUUUAGUUCUCACAUAGUUAAAAAAUUGUCAGAGCCGGUGCAUUGAAAUUAUUUUUUUGCAGUUUUUCGACAUUUUUAAUUGCGUUUACGGGUCGGGGAGGUUGAGUUAACUAAUUUCAGUGUACCAUCAAAUGGGUCAAAUAGUUAAAAGAAACUAAAAUUGUGUCGUCAAUAAGAAUUUUUCGUUCUACAAAGGUUGCCAAUAACAAUUUUUGAUGGUCCAUUAGAAAUGACGUGAAAACAGUGUAGACCAUCGAAAAUUGUUGUCGAUUUCAAUCGAAAGUUUUUGACGUCGGGACUUUACGAUCCGAUGACGCGACGGCAGCGAAAACGUCGCUUCAAAAAUGAACUUGCAUUCUUUCGGUCUUCAUCGCGAUUAUUCCAACUCACCUACUUUGUCAAAUGUAGGCGAACCCCCCCCGGAGUUGAAUUUCUAAGAGCUAUAUUCAAGUUGAGAAAGAGAAUAAAAAUUUCGUCGUCGCUUGUUUACGUCCUCCUUAAAAAGUAAAAUUAGGCAAUUUCACGUCGUACUCGUGCAAAAAGAAAAAGAAAUGUACAAAAAAGUGAGAUGCACGUGCAAAGUUGUUGUUUUGCCUACUAAACCCAUUGUUGUUUUUGACGUUCUCGUUGCGGUCGCGUCGUGGGAUCGUAAAGUCCCUUGUAACUUUCAUGAUCUGUACCCUUAUCCAUAGCUCUCAACCAAUCAGUGCGCGAGGAAUAGCUCAGUUAUUGUAAACAGUAAAAAGACACUUAUUAACGAUUUUGUUUCCAGCUCCACGACCCGUUAUGGUUAUCUCUGAAGUUCAGGCCAGACAAAUAACGCUUCAUAUAACAGACCCGACACCUGCCGACACUUUAAAGUACUUGGUGCGCUACAAAAAAGACACGGGACAUGCGCAGUGGGUGACUAAAGAGAAAAGUAAGGUUGGCCAAGGUAGCGACGUUUACGUUACAUUGAAUGGCGUGCAUCCAUUUACAGCCUACGUGGUGGAAGUUGCUUCUUAUUAUAAGGAUCAAGAUGAAGGACCUUACAGUAUUCCGAAACGGUUUACCACUAAGCAAGCAGGUAUGAAUGGUGUACGGAACUGUUCUUUUUCCCAUGUUUUAUUCAAUGUGCGACCUCAAUUGGGAUUAUCGCACUUGGCGUAUACAUUCUGGCUCCUCUGAAGUCGGAGCCUUAGGGCGCUAACCAAAACUUUAAAAAUAAAAACAGGUUCCUCUGAGAGCUUCCACGGAAAACCCAUCGCUGCCGUGCAUAAUAGGGGGUUCAACAUACCACGACGGUGACGGCCACGAAAACGUGGCUUAAAAGUGAACUCGAGUUCUUUCAAGUCUAUCGCGAUCGUUCCAUCUUCUGGAGCCGAAUUACUAACAACUAUAACCAAGUUCAGAGAGAAAAAGAAAAUUUUUUCGUUGCUAGUAAGUCCUCCAUAUAACGUGUAAUGCGGACUUUUCACAUCGUGACGUAGUCGUGCAGUGAGCUGAGAAAUGUACAAAAAAGCGUAAUGCACGUGCAGAGUUGUUGUUUUGCCUUUUCAACCAAAUGCUUUUUUUGACGUUCUCGCCAGUGUCGUCGCUGUCGUUUUUACAUGUAGGAACAGACCGACCUGGCGGAACAGUACUCAUAAUAUGUAGCUAAAAAUCCCCCAAUUUAGUAUGCCUCCUACACAGACGCCCUCGAAGGAACGCUUGACAGGAAGCCCUGAGAACGUCUGCGUGGUAGGCUAAAUUUAGUACCAGUAACUUGGAUUUCUAAACAGACAUAAACAGUGCAUCGUUUCUUUUGUUUAAUCCAUUUUUCUGCUUACCCGUUCCCAUCUUUUUCUAUUGGUUGAAUUAGAAGAUGGGCAAACCACUCAACGUUUUGUUUUCUUCUUGAGUGUUUUUUUUACUUAGAUCGAACCUUAUUUUUUUCUCGUUUGUAGCUCCGAGUGGUCCUCCCCGCGAUGUAUUGGUGAUACCGCGUGCUAAGGACACCAUUCGCGUGUCAUGGUCCAUUCCUAGCGCUCAAGACUGUAACGGUAUAAUCACUAAAUACGAAAUCAUCUUAUACAAGCAAAAUGGCCUCACGCAAACGUAUCCGAGGAAAGGGAAGACUCUGUAUCAAGACAUAAGUGGACUGGAACUUAAUCAGCGGUAUAUCAUAGGAGUGCGUGCUUGCACGAAGGUGGGGCCUGGGCCCUAUAGUAGAAAUCACAGUUACUCCACAGGUAACACCAAUGAACGUAGCGCAAAUGUAUUUCCUUUUAUAUGGACAUUUGCGUGCGGUUUUUAAACUUUUUUUUUCUCUUUUUGUUGAAUUAGAGAUCAGCCAAAGAUCACAAAUAACACAAGCACUGGAAAAACUUAACAAGGUAAAAUUCACUCCAAGCUCAAAUAGUCUCUUGUGGCUGCCAUUUGAGUCGUUUAAGAGAAUUUUUGCCUCUUGCGAGUGUUUGGAGUUUUGGUCCUCCCUGAAAAAAAAAAUACAUGCAUUUUCAGUGUAUUAUUGUUUGAUAGUAUUUGCUGAUCUUUUGUAGAUAACAGUGACAGAUAAUCUUAUCGUAUUGCUAGUUUGAGGCUGCAUGUUUUCGACCUGUUUCAGGUGCCAGUUACGAACACUAACGCACUCAAAGUUAUGAAGGAAGUCCGAAAUAUUACUUCCAAGCCGUCUGAAUUGGUACGCAGUGAUUUGUCAUAUACAGCAAACAUUCUGGCUAAGGUAGUCAAAACAAACGUCACUUCCGCUGAUGUGGGAGAUCACGUGCUGGACACCAUAAGUCAUGUGAUGGAUGCCAAGCCGGAAGUAUUACAAGAUAUACAGCAGAAAAACAAUAAAUCUGCCCAGUAAGUCACUUCACUGAAUAUUGGUAGCAUGGAUCCUAUAGAGCGUUUUCACAUGACGUCAUGGUGACCAUUUUGGUGUUCCACAACAAUGAAACAGAGACCGUGUUGGUGGUCCAGACCAAUCCUGUGGGAGUUGAACUCUUUUCUUCCGUAAACGUUUUCUUUUUUCCUACAAAUUUGCAAAGAUGCUGGCCACGUGAGUGAAAACGCUCUAUAAAAUGUUUGGAAAUAGAAUCACCCAAUUUAACUUUCUGCAGUUGAUAGCCGGUUGGAUUUGUCAGACUACGACUUUUAAAGACAACACCCUCUUGUAUCCUACUUGAGUUUUAUUUUUUCUUAAGGAAGUUUGCAUUGUUUUUGAAGGAAUAUACUCAAUAAAUAAGGACCAAGUAUAAAGAUAAAUAAUAACAACAAACAAGUUAAAUGAAGCUAAAGAGUCUCAAUAUUGUACUGAUGUAGGCAAAAAAUUCAGAGAUUAAAGAAAUAUGUUUUUCACUGCGGUUAUUUUGAUGGUUAUAUGCCAGUCAUUCAAAUCCCCCUGAAAACCAUUUCCCAUCAUGCCCUGGCGGCCAUGAUUAGGACAAUGUGGAGGGACUUUUACUUAGCGUUUUACCCACCCCGAUCGGAGUAUUCAUCCCUUUGGUUUCACUUUUUUUCUAUAAAUUAAAAUGGAACGGUGAAAAAAGGUAAAAUUAUCAGGAAUAGAGAUGACAUUGCUGGCGUCAAAUGUUUGGCUUCCUGUGAUUGUCUGAUCAGGAAAACCGUAAAACGCCUGAAAUACUUCAGAAAUAUGAUUGCAUUGCUUCAAGAAACAAACGGAUGUGAGAUAAAUCUACCGCGACCGGUUGUGGUCUUUCCCUUAUUCUUGACCUCCAGCAUGUGUCAUAAGAAGACAAAAUCCCUGAAAUAUUUUUAGUCCUCUACGAUUUUCGUGUGGGGUCAUUUCACUAUCGCUGUCUGCAUCGGUGCAAUUUACAGUACUUUGUCACCACCGUGUACUAAUUUUCUUGUAAGUUAUUCAAUUUUGUUGAUAGAAUCUCCGAUAUGAAUCGGUGGUUUCUGGUUUCAUUAAUCUAUUGUUAGUAUUUCUUCCUGCUUUCUCUAAUUAUCUGUUUUCCGUUUUAAGCUUUGUCCAGAUUCUUGAGGAUUACAUCGACAAGGGAGGAAAGUUUAACAAGGACACACGUAACAUCGCCGUCAUAUCACAACUUAUCAACAAAGGAAGGAAAAGUAUUGAUGUCUCUGUUACAACUACCGUGGGUAAAAUUGCCAUUAACGUGAGCGUAAAUUCUACAGGAAGGGAUAGCGAAGCCAGUAUAACUGUUCCUAACUCGAUACUAAAGGCGAACGACACCGGAAAUUCUACGUUAAUUGUGGUAUACUAUCGAACCAGCAAACUCUUCGCGCCUGAGUUUCGAAGAACGGAGGUUUGCGAGGAUAGUUACACAUCAGAGAAAGAAACAAGACUGGAGUCUAAGGAAACUUCAAGUUACACGAUGGAGAACUCUACAGGAAGCAGAGUAACUGAGAGUAGCCCUGUGCUAUCUGCAAGUUUGAGAAACAAACGAGUGACAAACCUCACCACACCCGUAAUCAUCAAGUUUAAAAUGCCUCGUGACCAGGUAUGGCCUACCGAGCGGUUUAUGUAUAAUUAAUUUUCGUUAGUUUCCUUUAUGGAGAAAAGAAAAAACGGACAAUGACGAUUUUUCUCGUCUUUCGGAGUUAACGUCUGUCUCGAUUUUUCUCUCUCCGGCUGCGGGUAUAAUUUUUGUCAGUUUUGCAGUAUACGAAAAUUCAGUACAAGACAAUCUGCUAAAGAACUUUAAUAGCCUUUAUUAUUUGGCUAAAUCCACGAGCGGGUAAGAUGAAGCAGAUCCUGUGUUCUGAUUGGCUACACGAGCGGGCAAGAUGGGCCCAUGUUGCCCGCUGGGGAUUUCGGCUUUGGUCCGUAAGAAAAAGUUCCGUCUCUUUUUGGCCUUGCGAUAAAUCCUCCAUUGAGAAAACUUGUUCGGUCCAGAUAGCUUGAUAUUGGCCUCGCUCUUUGAAAAAAAAAACAAAAAACACACUUGGUCAAUAUCCAGCCAUCUUGACCUCACGGUUGUCAAUUAACAAUUACUCCUCGAGCCCGAAUGGGCUCUUGAGUCAAUCGGCCGAAUGGGCUAUUGACUCAGAGGCCAUGAGGGCGAGAGGAAUAAUUGUUUUAGUAAAAUCCAACUAGUCGAUCAAAAAUAUCGAGAAUAAAAAAAUUUUAGCUAGUUAAAAUCCUUUUUUGCCGCCAAAAAGCCCGCGGUUUUCACUGCUAGGCUAUAACAUAUAGCCUAGUAGUAGUUCAACCAAUCAGAACGCAGCAUUGAUAAUAGACCACUAGUUGGAUUUUACUAAUAACGCAUAUGCUAUAUAUUGCUGAGAGCGGGAAAAAGAGGACUUUGAGAGGAAGGUGGUGAGAUGUUUGUCCGUUUAGGCGUAUUUACAACGCGUAUUUACAACAAAGCUAGAAUUUGGAAUGCGUGCCAGAGGAAGAUCGAACCUGGUUUUAUAUAAAGUCGGCUCGCCGUCAAAUUACAUGUAGUUUAGCAUACCGUAAAAUUCCGAAAGUAAGCCCCUCCAAAUAUAAGUCCCCCAAACCGGUAACGCCAAAAACCCUCCGUUAAAUCGCCCUUCCAAAUAUAAGUCCCCGGGGGCUUGUACUUGGAAAAUUGCCCUCAAAUACAAAGUAAAACAAAGCAAAACGGUAAACUUACUUCCUACUAUAAGGCUAGCCCUAUCGAUUUUGAAACACAAAUUUCCCUCCGUAGAUAAGCCCUUCCGAAUAUAAGCCCCUCCAAAAGCAAGCCCCUCAAAAAGGGCCGUUGAAAAAUGUAAGCCCCGGAAUUUAUUUUCGGAAUUUUACGGUAUGUUGCCAAUCAUGUCGAUAUUAGAAACCAUACCUCCAGCUCGGACUUUAGUAACCCAGUAACUUUGAUUCUCUUUACAGAUUAUCAAGCAGAGCACAAGGUGUGUUUGGUGGGAUUUCAAGAAACGUAAGUUUCAACUGACGUAAAGUGUGUGCUUUCGCUUAUGUUACUGGUUAUGUUAGAGCCUACUUCCCAUGUUCAAUAGAGUUGAUAAGCAUUUGUCUCUUUUUAUUCCCACUUCAGGUGGUUGGUCGACUGAAGGGUGUUCUUUGCAAGGAAUAGUUAAUGAUACUAUAAUUUGUGAAUGCAAUCAUAUGACCAACUUUGCAGCACUGGUGGUGAGUAAUUAAUUAUGUUGUUUGGAUGAACCCUACGUCUUAAACGACUUUCGCGAAGGCUUGCCUGCCAAUUGAUAGGAGACUAAAACAUGCAGACCGCAUUGUACCUUUGAAGUGGUUUGGAAAUGGCUGACGGUUCUUGGCCGUUAUGAAAUAAAACAUUUCGGAGCGGAAAAUAUUAUUUGGUUAUAUUCAGAGUAAAAGUAAGCCCCAAAAUAUGGUUGUCUCCGUAUCUAUACCACGACUAAUAGGCUUCUGUGAAGAAACAAAGAACCAGUUAAUAACGAACUGACCAUGAGAAAAGUUAUUUUAAGGGGAGGGGUGUUGGGGUGCGCGAAGUUAAAAAAAAGUGUACAUGUAAAGGAAAGUUUACUGAAUAACUAAUAGAGUACUAAAGUGAUGACGUCAUUAAAAUGAAAUUUCUGAAAUUAUGGGAUUUGUCAGGAUAUUCUGAAAGAACAAUGUCCAAGAGGCCUACUUACCAAAAAUGAGCAUUUCGGGGCAAAUUUUCUCUGAGAUGUUAGCCGGUUAUACCCCGAAAACUCCAUACAAACCCUUCUAAAUUUUUUUGGGUCGACCCAAAAAAAUUUAGAAGGGUUUGUAUGGAGUUCUGUAAGCAUAACUGGGCUACGAUCUCAGAGACAAUUUGCCCCGAAAUGCGCAUUUUUGGCAAGUAGGCCUCUUGGACAUUGUUCUUUCAGACUAUCCUGACAGAUACCAUAUUUUAUUUUAUUUUAUUUUCUAUGGGAAAUUUUAUUAAUGUUAAGGAAAAAACUUCAUGCAUCUCGAGGUAAAUUGCCGGUCAUCUGUGCCAUAACUUUUAAUCAAGAGAGGUAUAUUCAAUUAGAAAUUUAUAGCACACAGGGGCCGUUUAACAUUCACGAAUUUUAUUUUUUCCACAGGAUGUCAAUGGUCCGUCAUCCAAAGCGUGCGGUAAACAUUCUAAGGUGUUAUCGCUCAUCAGCUAUAUCGGAUGCGCAUUGUCUAUUUUGGGUCUGACGCUGACUAUUUUUACCUUUGGAUUUUUCAAGUAAGGCAUUCUUGUGAACGUGAAAACUGCAUAACUUGAUGGCUUCAAAACCGUUGUAUAUGAAAUCCAUAAUACCUACUUCCCCGUUGACCUCUGACAAAUGAAAGCGGAUUACUACUCUUUUUCGAUAAUAAUAGUCACAGCUGGACUGACAGAAGCUUUUGUAUUAUUUUAAGGUAACAAUCCAAAACAAAUACUGCUAAAGAGGUUUGUUUUGAAUGGUCAGAUCUGAUCAUGAGAUACAAAAGUGUUAAAAAGUGCCUCAAUAUACAGGAGGUUUUAUUUUAAUGGCCAUACCUUAGGAAUUUUAAUAUUAAUAGUGCCAUUUGAAAAGACUGCUGAAAAGGUUUCAUUUGAAUGGUUUUUUCAUCCACAUUACCUGCUUCCGUAAUUGACUCUGAAAGUGAAAUAGAAAUGUUGAGAUUCUUACUCGUAAAAUUUCAAAAGUUCGCUAAUGUUAAUUGUUGUUGCCCUAUCACAGGAAGCUUCGAAAAGAUCAGAUCGCCGCGAAGAUAUUGCUUCAUCUGUGUGCGUCGCUUCUAUGUGUGCUGAUUGUUUUUGUGUCAGGGGUGGAGAGGGGCAGUGUAUCUGAAGACGCCUGUCGCAUUGUAGCAGCUCUCGUUCAUUACUUCCUACUUGUAGCGUUUCUAUGGAUGCUGAUCGAAGCGUACUUCAUGUAUCAGGCUUUUGUCAAAGUGUUUAGAGACUAUGGUGAUUACGUCAUGUGGAAAUGUUCCGUCCUGGGGUGGGGUAAGUAAGAUCCUUUUCUUAAAGAUGAGCUUUCCAUUGCCUGUUUCAAGAAAUACCAAUAUACUGCGGACAGCCCCGCAGGAGCUUUAUCAUUCCAGUAGUCUUUUUGGUGAAGAGCGCAUGCUUAUAACUUAAUUCUCAAACAAAUGGAAGUAAUGUUUCCAGACCCAAGAACAACAACAAUGUAUAUGUAUGUUAUUUGAGAUCCAGAGGCUUACAAUGUUUUAUGCCCUGCAAAUAGCUAUAGCGCUAAUCUAGGCGGGACAAAAAUUGUAAAUAAAGGCGUUAUUAAAUUACGUAUUAAGCAAAAAAAGGAAGAGAAAUACAACAACACAGAAAGAAAAACCCCUCACUCAAACUCAAGCACAUGGGUUUGUUAUUAGAAAAAAAAAGACUAAAACUACAAUGUAGGUAUAUACAACGUAUAGAAACUAAUGUCGCUGCUGCGUUCCUAGUUUGCAUUUGUGCUGAGUGAGCAAAUUGUCGGGAAGCUGAAUCAUAACGCCACCACCCAUAUUGGCGGUGAUUUGGCAACAGUCGCUAAGCCUCUUGCCUUUUGCUCCUUUUUUUUUCCCCUAGGGCUUCCGUUUAUCGUUGUAGUGGUCACUAUUGCUGUGGAUAAAACUAGUUAUGGUGGAAAACAUUAGUGAGUAUGAUAUGUUGUUUAGAUAAUUAACUUUGUCAUCUCUUUUUGAGUUUUAUCGCUGCUGAGUCGCUUUACUUGGCUAUCUUAUUCGCUUUUGCCAAAAAGUACCCAAUAUGGCCAUUCCCAAAUGAUCUCUUUAUAAACGUUAUCGGAAAGAAACGGCAAGGCGUAGUAAUUCACUUUCGAGGUGAAUCAAUGACAUGCAAUGAAACUGGUGUAACCGGUCUUGGCGAAGCUUACUGUUAAGUUAGAACGAUGUCUACGGAAUGCCAAAGCAGAAAUUAUGUAAUUCCAUUUUACCCAUUUUAUCGAUCGACAAAAGUUAGAUUGGUGCCAAUUGUUCACAAAUUUCGUUUGUUCUGUUUUGCAGCUGUCGCCUUGGAGACACGGCAUUUUACGCGGCUUUUGUUGCUCCAGUGGUGUUCGUUAUGUUUGUCAACACGAUUACUUUCUCUUUAAUCAUGUACAAACUCGCUAUGCGUCCACCAAACACUGCUGACUCUGACCGUAGUAGCGAAGGUCUUCUGAAGAUCAAACGAGCCUUUGGAAUUCUUAUUUUGGUCGGUAUCACGUGGAUGUUUGGUUUCUUUGCAGUAGCUGACGCUCGCCUUGUGUUUCAUUACCUCUUUGCUAUCUGCAACAGCCUUCAGGGUUUUUCAAUCUUCGUGUUCUAUUGCGUCAUUCAAAGGAAAGUACGCGAGUGUUGGUGGGCUUUGCUGACAUGUAAUCUGCACAGUCUUAAGAAGUCCAAGUCCCUUUACACAGAUUCUUAUGACCGACGACGCUUGUCAUCUGCCAGCAGAGCUCAACUGGACGCUAUGCGCGCAAGAAGUAACACAGGGCUCUCUCAGGUCAGCUAAGUCGCUUGCUAAAAAUAAGUACCUACGUGGUAAAAUGACCAAAAGAACUGCUGAAACAACUGUGCUUAGUUCAACGUUUUGUCUUUCAUGACAUUCUAGACUAUUUCAAAGUAGUCUUGCGAGUUUAAGUACUACCACGAGUGUUUGAUUAUGAAGAAACCUCAACCUCUUUCAUCCCUCUGCCCUUUUGGUACCGUUUCACUGCUAAUGGAUGGUCUUUAACACUGUUGUUCUGUACUGAGAAAUAUAUUUUGAAUGUUUUUUUUUUCUGCCUGCAGGUUCUUCAAAUGCCGUUACGUCCAGUGGCCUCCUCCCAACCUGAUCUUGUUCUUGAUUGUAAUCACCAUAGCAACAUGGUAUACGAUGAUGAUCAAGAUGACCCUACAAUGCCAGUUGAAACAAGUGAUUAUCAGCUAAUUGAUUUGAAUGAUAGCCAAACAAUAGAAGUACGCAACUCAAUGGACCAACUUUCCACUGGUUGGGUAUAUCCCUCUGGCUCCAGAUCACCAAGUCUGAGGUCUCACGGAAUCGCUGUGUGCCAAUCACUGAAUCCCAGCAUGCGUGGUUCUCACAUUGCGGUAAAUUCUGCUCAGUCCACACCUAAGUUGCGAUUACCACGAGUCUGUGCUUUUCAUCAGGCUAAUGCUUUUAACGGGUCUCGUGGUAGUAUGCCUGUGAAAUGUAGUCCUACAAAAGAAACUCUGAAGAGAACAGCGUCACAUACUCCCAAGGUGACAAACCCAGCUAAACGUACGUCGUUAAGAAGAACUAAAUCUGCUAGCGAUUCAUUCGGGGAUGAUACAAGAUUCAGCGUUGCGUUUAGUUCAUGUAGCGACCGUACUUCAAGCGAGUCAUUGAGCUCGGAGGGUGGUACUCCAACGAGAAAACAGUGCCUUGGUGUCCCUAUAGCGAACCUGGGUAAGUUUAAUGUUUUGUACUCACAACUGCCAAAUACUUUGAGCACUAUAUCUCUAACUGGAAUUAUUUGACUUUGAAUAUUAAUUACAAAAAAUUAAAGCAAAAUGUUUUGGCCUUGUUUUCAGCGUCUUGGGGUACAGUUUUAGAAAGCGUCAGUUUUGAAAUUCGCAAUAUAUAAAUGUAGCCAAGCCUAAAGGCGGAGCUCCAGUUUCAGUAGGGAGCUUAUGCCGCAACGACGGCGACGGCAACGAAAACGUCUAUAUAAAAAAGUGAGGUUGCGCUGCUUUAAACUUAAUCGCGCUUAUUCCAUGUCGUUCAAUUCGUCAAAUGUUGGCAAUUUUUUCAGUAGUUGAGUUACAAAAGACUGUAUCUAAGUUCAGGAAAAGUUCAGAAAGUCUUUGUAUUGAGUUCACGUCCUCCACAAAACGUGAAAUUAGGCAUUUUCACGUCGUAGUCGUGCAGUGACGACAAAUCAAUGUACAAAAAAGCGUGAUGCACGUGCAGAGUUGUUGUUUUGCGAAUUUAAACCUAUUGCUUUUUGCCGUUUUCGUUGACGUCGUCGUCGUCGUCGUUGCUUAAGCUCCUUAAUACUGACUGUUUACUUGAAACAAGAAAGUAAUUCCUCGGCCAGCACUUCCCCACAUUAACUGACGGAUAUAAUCAAUAAUAAUUAUAAUCAAUUUUAUAUGUAAGCAAACAAAAAUUUUCAAAAGGCAGCUCGUGUACCUCCUCUUGCAAAUUCGAAGGCAUUUUGCUCAAAGUGGCUGUCAUGCCGUUUGCCGUCUUUUUUAAAAGCUAAAACGUGUCUUUGAUUCGUAUCAGUUGAAUUCCAACAUUAACGUUCCAGUGCUUUAAGUAGGCAGCGAAACUGUUUCUUGUGGUCUAUUGCUAUGGAUGGCGAGAAUAUGCAUGGAUUCUAACUCACAAAAAUUGGGACAACUUUUUCAAGUUUUAGUUCUAUGCGUGAAAAAAGGAUCAAAAAUUGUUAUGGCUAGUUAUUCCUGGUGAAAGUUGCUUGAUAUCUUCUUCAUAGCUUCACUGGCGCGUUUUGUGUUUGGCUUAAGCCACCAAGUAAUGACUUAUGCACAAAACUGACCUAAUCGGGCCUCGGGACAAAGCUCCUUCAAUCUUUAAUCCCUUUAUCUACCCUGCAUUCCGUAAUUCGUUAUGACAGGAACAUAAAUGAUUCUGCAGUUCGAUAAUCGCCAAGGAGAAGAAAGCCAUUUCGAAAUUGAGAGAACCGUAUUUGAUGCCGGGCUCUUGUUUCUUUUUUAGGUGCACAAAUCGUGGGUCCAAUCAGAGGUUCGAUCAGAGGAUUUGUGGGAUAUGUGGAAACGACUGUUGAAAACUUUGACUGGUUAAUUGAUCUGGGGAAGCUGAGGUCAGCUUCCUCUCCCACCGAGUCUAUCCAAAGAGUUUGAAAUCGAGACAAUACUUAAAAAUUGUCUUCUUACUAGCAACGUAAUGGAUGAAGAAGCCCUUGCGAAAUCUUGGGAGAUAAACAUGUCUUCACUGACUUCCUCCCUUCUCCUUCGAGGUAUCUCAAAGAUUCAACACAGCAGUCUCAGAUAAUGCAGGAAGGCAGAAAAAUAAGUUGCUGUUUACGAUCGUUCGUAUUAUGCAAUACGGACAGCGUUGAGUUAAACGAUUUAUAAAAUACCGCCAGGAGCCCAUUUUCCAUGUCACAAGGGGAAUGGAAAGAAAAUAGAACCUUUGUGGGCUAAGUUGUGGGCAAAUUGUUUCAAGGCGGAAGACUUUAGAACAUUGACGGUAUUCAUCAUGUUGAUGUAAUGAACAGUGUUUUUGCUCAAUAUGCGUUGUGGGUUGAUAUUUCUGGGUAAUAUUAAAUGAUGAAAUUCUUAUGCGCGCAAGAGACGAGGGCGCUGCUUGUAAAUAUAUGACAAUAAUGUAAGCUACAACCAACGCUCCGGCUCCGUGUCUAUGCUGGACAGACUUGC